AUGCUUACACAAAUAAUUGCAACCAGUCUCAUAGCCGCAGCGGCUUCGGCUUUUAACGGAGAUGCCAAUAAUAAUAUUGCAGCCUAUUGGGGACAAAAUGCCGGUGGUUCCCAACAGUCAUUAGGAGAAUAUUGUAAUUCCACAUCUGCUGAUAUUAUCAUAAUGUCAUUUAUGAAUGGAUUCCCUAACUUAGAAUUAAAUUUUGCCAAUCAAUGUAGUCUGACAUUUAGUGAUGGUCUUUUACAUUGCUCAAACAUUGGACAAGAUAUUAAGUCGUGUCAAGAAGAAGGCAAACUUGUGUUGUUAUCAUUAGGUGGUGCUACAGGAACAUAUGGUUUCACAUCUGACUCUGACGCAGAACUGUUCGCAACUACCAUGUGGAACAAAUUUGGAGGUGGUCAAGAUGAUGAGAGACCAUUCGAUGAUGCUAUUGUUGAUGGGUUUGAUUUUGAUAUUGAGAAUCAGGAUCAAACAGGUUAUGUUGCCCUUGCGAAUCAAUUACGUCAAUACUUUAAUGGUGAUUCCUCCAAGAAAUACUAUUUAUCUGCAGCUCCACAAUGUCCAUACCCCGACCAAUCUGUUGGUGACCUUUUACUGCAAGCAGAAAUUGACUUUUGCUUUAUUCAAUUCUACAACAAUUAUUGCUCUGUAAAUGGCCAAUUUAAUUGGCAAACUUGGAGUACUUAUGCCAGCUCAACUUCACCAAAUAAGGAUAUCAAAUUAUACUUAGGUUUGCCUGGUUCUGCUACGUCUGCUGGUUCUGGAUAUGUUGGUUUGUCAGAAGUUCAAAGUGCCUUAGGUAGUAUUGGUGACGACUCUUCAUUUGGUGGUAUUUCUGUUUGGGAUAUUUCUUCCGCAGAACAAGAUGGAUUCCUUGAUGGACUUAGAAACCUUUUGGGUUCACCUGAAAAUUCCAAUACUCCAACUUCUAGCUCGGAUGAAGAAGACAAGGCUGUAAGUACCUCAGCUCAAACUGUUUCCCCUACUUCAUCUGCCAAUCCAAAUCCUCCGAUGAAAACGGUAUAUACUACAUCUUAUACAACUAUCCAAGUUGCUGCACGUGCAACUGGAUUGGAAAAGAGAGCUGAAGCCAAUGUUUUACAAGGAGAAUCAUCCAAAACUAACGCCGGUGUAAAUUGUUCUAAUACUACUUUCCCUGCGAGAACAAUAUAUGAAACUGUAUUGCCCAAAUUAGUAAGCCAAUACCAACCAGACGUUCCUUAUCAUCCAGGAUCCGCAUGGGCUGGGAGCGGCAAAGCUGAUCCAACAACUGGUGAUUUACAUCAAUGCAAUGUCUGGCAUGGAUCACAAGAGAAAUAUCAAAAUUGGUAUAAAUUGCGAAGAAGAUUUGUUUCGGAGUUCGGAAUGGAACCAUCACCUAGUAGUAAAACGUAUGAACAAUGUAUAUCUGAUCCAACUGAAUUAUAUCCUCAAAGUGAAACGGUUGAUCAUGAUAAUAAAGCCGAUGGAUUUGAACGUAGACUUGCCCUCUACGUGAUUGAAAAUAUCAAGGUCCAGGGAUUAGAUUUUGAUUCUUGGAUUUAUGCCACUCAAUUAAUGCAAGCUGAAUGUCUUGGAUACGCCUAUAGAUGUUGGAGAAGAGAAUGGAGAGGGGAAGGGAAGAGAUAUAAUGGGGGGACUUAUGUUUGGCAAAUCAAUGAUUGUUGA